GAAGUCCAUGUCUCCGGGACAGCAGAAGUCCAAGUCUCCGGGACAGCAGAAGUCCAUGUCUCCGGGACAGCAGAAGUCCAAGUCUCCGGGACAGCAGAAGUCCAUGUCUCCGGGACGGCAGAAGUCCAAGUCUCUGGGACGGCAGAAGUCCAAGUCUCUGGGACGGCAGAAGUCCAUGUCUCCGGGACAGCAGAAGUCCAUGUCUCUGGGAUGGCAAAAGUCCAAGUCUCCGGGACGGCAGAAGUCCAAAUCUCUGGGACGGCAGAAGUCCAAGUCUCCGGGACAGCAGAAGUCCAUGUCUCUGGGAUGGCAAAAGUCCAAGUCUCCGGGACGGCAGAAGUCCAAAUCUCCGGGACAGCGAAAGUCCAAGUCUCUGGGACGGCAGAAGUCUGGGUCUCCAGGACAGCAGAAGUCAGAGUCUCCAGGACUUUCAAACACUUAAUUGCUGUCAUGUCUCCUCUCGGCCUUCUCUUCUGCAGGUUAUACAAAGCCAAGCAGACUCUGGAAGCCUGGGCUUUGCUCCUUCCCGAUAUCAUUGCAUUUCAGAGGAAAACGGGGCCGAUUUGUGCUAUUUUCCCACCCAAAUUAGCACCGGAGCCGAGGCCGAGCCAACGUGGCCCCCUUGGCGGUGGCUUUCUUGCCCACGUUGCAUCCUCGGCAUGCCUUCCCUUUGGACCGAGCAGGGCUGGACGAAUAGCUCGCAACCCCCGGGACAAGAUUCGAAAUAUAUUUGCUCCCCUUAUUUGGAGCGCGGCUCAAAAAGAGCGGGCUCUUGGGAACGGAGAUCUCCUUGGCAGGAGGAGAAACCUUGACAGGUGCUCCGCCGUAUCAAUUAUUUUUCCCUCCCCGAAGAAUUUUGGAACAGAAUCAAAAUGUUUUAAAGAGUUAAAACAGUUUAAACAUGCACACGUUUGACACAGUUCAACUGCUGUAUUAUUAUUGUUGUUGUUGUUGUUAUUAUAUUAUCCUCCACUAUCUGGUGAAUUCUUCCUCACUUAUAACUUAUCUUAUUCAAUAUAUUACCCUUCCCAGGGCACUCAAGCAAAAGCAAACUGCUGGAUUAUUAUUAUUAUUAUUAUUAUUAUUAUUAUUAUUAUUAUUAUUAUCCUCUGCUAUCUGUUGAAUUCUUCCUCACUUAUAACUUAUAUUAUUCAAUAUAUUACCCUUCCCAGGGCACUUGAGCAAAAGCAAACUGCAUUAUUAUUAUUAUUAUUAUUAUUAUUAUUAUUAUUAUUAUUAUUAUUAUUAUUAUUAUUACAGUAUUAUUAUCAUUAUCAUUAUUAUUAUCAUCCUCUUCCGAUAUCUGGUGAAUUCUUCCUCACUUAUAACUUAUAUUAUUCAAUAUAUUACCCUUCCCAGGGCACUUGAGCAAAAGCAAACUGCUGUAGUAUUAUUAUUAUUAUUAUUAUUAUUAUUAUCAUCAUCCUCUUCCGCUAUCUGGUGAAUUCUUCCUCACUUAUAACUUAUAUUAUUCAAUAUAUUACCCUUCCCAGGGCACUUGAGCAAAAGCAAACUGCUGGAUUAUUAUUAUUAUUAUUAUCAUUAUUAUUAUCAUCCUCUUCCGCUAUCUGGUGAAUUCUUCCUCACUUAUAACUUAUAUUAUUCAAUAUAUUACCCUUCCCAGGGCACUUGAGCAAAAGCAAACUGCUGGAUUAUUAUUAUUAUUAUUAUUAUCAUUAUUAUUAUCAUCCUCUUCCGCUAUCUGGUGAAUUCUUCCUCACUUAUAACUUAUAUUAUUCAAUAUAUUACCCUUCCCAGGGCACUUGAGCAAAAGCAAACUGCUGUAUUAUUAUUAUUAUUAUUAUUAUCAUUAUCAUUAUUAUUAUCAUCCUCUUCCGCUAUCUGGUGAAUUCUUCCUCACUUAUAACUUUCUUCAUCUUGACCUCAGUCUGAUGUUACCUAGCCACAAUUAGGUGUCUACGGACAACGCCAGUUUGUAACUGUUGCUGUUCUGCUGCUGGAGAACUGAUUGGUUUGUAACUGUGGCUGUCCUGCUGCUGGAGAACCAGUUUGAACAAGUUUCUCUCUGUGUGUAUUUGUAUGACCUUGGAGGUGUCUACGGACAACGCCAGUUUGUAACUGUUGCUGUUCUGCUGCUGGAGAACUGAUUGGUUUGUAACUGUGGCUGUCCUGCUGCUGGAGAACCAGUUUGAACAGGUUUCUCUCUGUGUGUAUUUGUAUGACCUUGGAGGUGUCUAUGGACAAUGCUGGCUCUUCGGCUUAGAAAUGGAGAUGAGCACCAACCCCAGAGUCGGACACGACUGGACAACUGACCAUUUCGGUUGCACGGUCAGCCUCCAAGCAGUGCGACGUCUUGAGCUAGUCCUUUGGAGGCAAGAACUCUCCCGAAAUAAGGCUCUCCCGUUCUGUUUCCAUAAAAGGUGGCCAAGAUCCUCGUUCCCCUGAGGUUUCUCCUCGAGUGCUGAGCUUUCUCUUUCCAGAAGUAAAAGCGAGUGUCUCCACUCCCUUCCCUAUCCUUUGCCCACCAGCAAGACCAGGGUGAGCGUCUCCAAAAGCCGGGAAAAUGACAGAGACGUUGACGCCAGCGCAGGUCACCGAGUACAAGGGCAUCUUUGAGAUGUUUGACGAGGAGGGGAACGGCUUGGUGAAAACGUCCGAGCUGGAGCGGCUCAUGAGCCUGAUCGGCAUCAACCCGACCAAGAGAGAGCUGGCCACGAUGGCCAAGGAUGUGGACAAAGACAAUAAAGGCACCUUCAACUGCGAUGGCUUCCUCGUCCUGAUGGGAAUCUACCACGAAAAGUCCAAGAACCAAGACGAAGAGUUGAGGGCGGCCUUCAAAGUCUUCGACCAAGAACACAAAGGCUACAUUGAGUGGAACACCCUGAAAUAUGUGCUGACAAAUGCUGGCGAGCCAUUGGAUGAACACGAAGCGGAGCUCAUGAUGAAAGAAGCAGACAAAGACGGGGACGGGACCAUUGAUUACGAAGAAUUCGUGGCCAUGAUGACGGGUGAAUCUUUCAAACUGACCCAAUAAAGCUCGCUGGAAGAAAGGAACGAUCGGGAACGAUUCUCUUGAUGCCUUGCCCCGUUUUUCCUUCUUGAAAUGUAAAUGCGCAAAUUAGGUCACCUUUUUCCGGGCCGAGAUGUAAUAAAAAUAAUGCUCUCCAAGGCAGAGUCAGCAAAGAGGAGCGACGUCUUGCGACCGCAAUGUCACGCGUGCUCUUACAAGUAGUUUUUUUUUCAAAAAAUUUAAAAUAAAACAAGUUAUUUUUUAAAAGUCAUA